AAACCAACAAAACCCUAUCUCUCUCUACAGCACACAUCUCUCCACCCCUCUCUCUCUCUUCAACGGUCGAAUUCUUGAAUCAAUCUUUUUCCCCUCAAUUCAGAUCCAUCUCAUCUGUUCCCAUCUCUUCUCAAUUCGACUCGUCUUGAUUCGUUACGAACUAUCGAUUUCAGGUUGUAAUUCUCAAGAAUGUCUGUCCCUCAAAUUGAUCCACUCAUGCAAGUAGAAACGACGUGUGGCUCUCUUCUCUAUGAACUUCAGAUAAUAUGGGAUGAAGUUGGGGAGUCUGAUAUUGAAAGAGACAAAAUGCUGCUGGAGCUUGAAAGAGAGUGCCUAGAGGUUUACAGAAGAAAAGUUGAUACAGCGAACAAGUGCAGAGCCCAGCUAAGACAGGCAAUUGCUGAUGCUGAAGCAGAGCUUGCGGCCAUCUGCUCCGCAAUGGGGGAGAGACCAGUACAUAUUAGGCAGGCUGAUCAAACUCACGGAAGUCUAAAAGAAGAGCUCAGAACUAUUCUUCCGCAACUAGAGGAGAUGCAGAAGAGGAAAUUGGAGCGGAGAAAUCAAUUUUCUGACGUCGUACAACAAAUACAGAAGAUAAGAAGUGAAAUUUACGCGUCCAAUAAGAUUCAUCACACUAGCCCUGUUGUUGAUGAAACUGAUUUAUCUUUGAGAAAGCUUGAAGAAUUGCAGAAAGAGCUUCAGGCCCUUCAAAGAGAAAAGAGUGAUCGCCUGAAGCAGGUCCUGGAACACCUAAGUACCUUGAACUCACUAUGCUUGGUUCUGGGAAUAGAUUUCCAACAAACUGUUAAUGAGGUUCAUCCCAGUUUAGGCGAUUCUGAUGGAACAAAAAGCAUAAGUAAUGAUACUAUAGACAGUUUGGCAACAGCAAUUAAAAGGUUGCUAGAAUUAAAGAUACAAAGGAUGCAGCGGCUGCAAGACCUUGCUACAUCCAUGCUGGAGCUAUGGAAUUUAAUGGAUACUCCAGUUGAAGAGCAGCAGAUGUUUCAGAAUGUUACUUGCAACAUAGCUGCUUCAGAACAUGAAUUAACAGAGCCUAACAUGCUUUCUGAAGAAUUCAUUAAUUAUGUCGAGGCUGAAGUGUAUCGGCUGGAAGCAUUAAAAGCAAGCAAAAUGAAAGAGCUUGUUUUUAAGAAGAGGUCUGAGUUAGAGGAUUUAUGCAGGAAGACGCGCAUGAUUCCGGAAACAGACAGUGGACUGGAAUUUGCUAUAGAAGCCAUAGAAACUGGAGCUGUGGACCCUUCUCAUAUCCUUGAGCAAAUAGAGCUUCAAAUUGGUAAUGUGAAAGAGGAAGCUCUUAGCAGAAAAGAAAUACUUGAAAGGGUUGAAAAAUGGAUGGCUGCUUGUGAAGAGGAGUGUUGGCUUGAAGAGUACAACAGGGAUGAAAAUCGAUACAAUGCUGGGAGAGGUGCACAUCUCACUCUAAAACGUGCUGAGAAAGCUCGAGCCUUGGUUAAUAAACUUCCAGGAAUGGUAGAAACAUUAGCUUUAAAAACUGAUGCAUGGGAAAAGGAGAGGGGAAUUGAGUUCACUUAUGAUGGAAUACGACUUCUUUCCAUGCUUGAAGAGUAUAAUAUUCUACGGCAAGAAAAGGAGCAAGAACGCAAGAGGCAAAGGGACCAGAAGAAACUGGAAGGACAAUUGAUAGCAGAACAGGAAGUACUCUUCGGAUCAAAGCCAAGCCCUAUGAAAACCCAGAAUGCUAAAAAAGGUUCUAGACUGUCAUGUGGGGGUACAAGCAAUAGAAGACUUUCACUUGGGGGAGCAAUGCUACAAACUCCUAAAACUGACCAACUUCACUCCUUCAAAGGGACUCCUAAUACACGUCAAACCAAAAAGAAUGAGCGACCACACCAAAAUGGCCAGUUGAAUUCUCGAAAAGACGGUGGCAUCUCGGCUUUAUCAGCUGGUAGGAGAGGCUUGGACAUUGCUGGUCUUCCCGUGAAAAAACACUCAUUCAAUGCUCAUGAAGUCGAAUCAUCGCCUGUGAAACGCAAGCCUUUCUCGCCUAUAUCAUCCAGAGAUUCUUCAACAAAGACUAAUGCAACAAACAUAUUGGAAGACCUGAAUCGGAAACGAAAUGAGACAGCACAGAAAACAAUCUCAGGUAACACUACGCCAUUUUCUACUCCCUCCAAGACAGUUUUUGCUGCAGCUGAAGAAGAGAACAUGACUCCCAAGACGAUGCAUGUACCCUUUACACCAUCAACACCAUCAAUUCCAAUGCAGACAGGCAUGACUCCAGCUCCUCAUGCACUUGCUUAUACUGCCACUACUCCCAUUAAAGAGGUUCCCGAAGAGAUUGAAUAUUCUUUCGAGGAACGAAGAGCAGGGUUUGUGCUUCCUGGAACUCGUCCUAAGAGUCAGUUACUAGUGUAAAUGUUCCUUCGGCUAUUAUCAGAAUUGUCUCUGAUACUUGAGUUUGGUUAAAAGUCAAUUUUAAAUUGGCUUCUCUAUUCUAUGCAAGCACCUAUAACAUUGACAGGAUUUUAUAAGUAUGAGAAAAGACUAGUUAUAUGAAGAAUGUAAUAAUUCAAUUAAUUGUCCAAUCUGCCUAUGAGCAAAAUUGGUCUCUA